GAAUAUUCUAUAGAUUCAAGAUUUAUUUGCUGGCUCGUGUAGAAUCUCUGUACUCACUCGUAGUGUGACAUUCAUAAAAAAAAAUUACAAAUGGCUUCCGUUUUUAACUUACGCCUAUCGUAAUCCUCUGUUGGUAUGGUUUUUUAAUAAGGCUACUAAUUCAUCGUGACGAACGUGUUCGAUCGAAUAAUUACAUCGUUUAUUUUUUAAAAAAUGGGCAUACAAGAUCUUCAAACGUUUUUAGAAAAUGAGGGUGUUGGAGUGGAUUUGUUUCGAAUAGCUAGGAACCAUGCCGGCGGAUUCCGUUUAGUUCUCGACGCGGAAGGAUGUUUAGAUCGUCUAUACGGAGGAUACUUUUCAGAUUGGGCAUGUGGUGGUCAAUGGGCACGCUGUGUCCAAUUUUUAACCACACUUGCUCAAGCUCUCGCUGAACACCAAGUUGCUUUAUGUGUCUGUUUCAAUGGUGCACAUCCUACUCCACCAGCAUUACCUCAACAUUGGAUACAAACUCAGGCUACAUAUCGACAGAGGGUCAAUUCUGUACUCCGCCACAUUGUAACAAAGGGUACCCCUCCUCCCAAAGUAUGGUGGGUACCACCAAUGGGAUUACAUUCCUGUCUGCGAACAGCACUUAGAUACCUCAACAUCCCUAUUAUGGUGUCAUCUGAUGAUCACUGUCAAGAAGUAGUUGGUCUUUGCCGUGAGAAGACUUACGCCGGACUUGUUGGUUGCUCAGGAGAAUAUUUGGUUUUCCAACCACCAAGAUACUUUAGUUCAUCUCAACUGAAGCUGACUUACAGAUCAUCUUUGGAAACUAAAGAGUAUAUGGUGCAUGAGCUGCCACAAGUGUUGGAAGUGCCUCAAGAUCGAUUGUGCCUUAUGGCCGCACUCCUUGGUGGGACCAUCCUUUCCGAGACUAGUUUGACUGAUUUCUAUAAGCGUUUGGGAAUAACGCAAAAAAAGCAGCAGGUGCCUCCUGAAGCUUUAGUAAAAGCCAUUUGUCAAUAUGUCCGUGAGUUGCCAUCGUCUGACAUAGACGCUGCAUGUAUUGACGUAUUUGGUGACCUUAAUGAUCUCCGAGCUGCCAAACUUAAACAAGCUGUUCAAUAUUAUUUGAAUGGUACCAAAGAUGGUUUCUUGAAGUACAGAACUGCAUCAGGCCGUCGUCCAAAGAAUAACAAAAAGAAUCAAAAAGCUGAUCUUAGCCCACAGGCAACUUCGUCAGACUUGGACACUUCUAAACUGGCAGCUGAAUCAUCUGAACAUGAGCAAAAAGGCUUGGACGACUACAAAUUGGCAACAGCAAAUGCAUCCAUUAACGCCGACUUUAGCAUGGAAGAAAGGUCGACUGAGAUACAGCACGGACUUGCGGCGGUAUCGCUGGACUCCGGCGACGCGAGCGCAGCCAAGCAGCAACUGGUCAAUCCGGCUGAUAAAAAUGAAAAACCACAAAGUGCUACUAAAGAGAGCCGGCCAGCGACGAAGGCUAUCCAAAGCGAGGACAACUGUCCCCCGGCGCCGGCGGAGGUGCUGCGGACCUGCGCCGAGCGCCACGCCCGCGGCCUCAUGCACCCGCACAUGCUGUCCAUCCUCACGCACCGACAGGUCACGCUGCCAGUACUCAUGGAGGAUGACAAUCACCGCGAAAUACCUUCAAUCCACCAUUUCUUUAGACCGGUCAGACAGAAUGUUUAUGCUAUAUUGUAUAACAUGCAUCAUCACCGCUUUAUGGCACAAAAAGCUAAAGAGGAAGGCUCGACAAGUUCGUCAUCGACUAUUGAACGUCCUUGCACUGUUCAGAUAUCAGAAUGGAUAUAUUCUCGCGUAAACCCUGGGAAAAGUCCGGAAAUUGUUCCAGGAGUUGUCCUAGAUUGGCCUGUACCAACAGUGCAAAGGCUUUGGUUCGGAACUGCCCAAGAUGAUAAAUGUCGCCGUAUGAGAGCUUUCCUCUCUUGCAUGCGUUCUGAUACUCCUUUGAUGUUAAAUACAUCCUAUGUACCGCAACAUUUGCUAAUAUUAGCCACUGUGUUAAGAUUUAUAAUGACAUCUCAAAUUCAAAUAUUGAGGCGACAAGAGUUGGACGCAUUUUUGGCUACAGCUUUCUCAAACGAUCUCAUGAAUGCGCUCCAUUUGCAAGAAAUGACCGUAAGUGUGAAAAGUGUGAGCGGCAUCAACUCGCGCGGCGUGCAGCUGGGCGCGCUGGUGAUGGCGGGCGCCGAGGCCGCGCUGCUGGCCAACGACGCGUGCGGCGCGCCCGUGCCCUGGCUCGUGGCCGCGCCCUGGCUGUACUUCGACGGCAAGCUGCUGCAGCGCAACCUGCACCGCGCCAACCACUGCAAGCACCUCGCGCAGCUCUGCGACAACCACCUCGACACUGUCGUCAAGGUGGAACGUAUGCGCAAAGCUAUCCUGGAGGGGUUGGAGGUGGAGUUCGCGAUGCCGCCGCUGCCGCUGGUGGCGGGCGUGGUGGGCGGGCCGCUGGGCGGCUGGGCUCGCGGCCGCGGCCGCGGCGCUCGUCUCGAGAUCGCCGGCGUCGUGGUGGGUCAGUGGGGCGGCGGCAGUUACCCCACACGCACCGCCCGUUAUCCUCAAGUGAGCUACGUGGGCUACACGCCGCCGCCGCGCAACGCGUACGGCGGGCGCGGGUGGCGCGGCGGGCGCGGGCGGGCGCGGCGCGCGGGGCCGCGGGCGCCGGCGCCGCCCGCGCGGGCCGCCCGUCGCUCGCGCCGCGACCAGGACGAGCCCGUCAAGCCCACCACGCUCACCGUUAACGGCAAAACCGUGAGACCCGAAGAUAUUAAUCAGCAAGAGGAAGGCAGCCCACAUGAAGACGCCUCUGCCGCCGACACUGAUGCUGAUGGUGCACAGCCUCAGAAAAUGAAGACUGCCAAAAAUGCCAAGAAAAAUAUGGGUAAAGGAAAGAAAAAAAGUUCCAGCCAGAAGUCUGACCUCGCUCAAACAGUGGAGGCAAAUGGCCCACUUGAUAAAAAUAAGGUGGCGGAGCAAUGCCACAAUUCUGAAAAGGAACACAUUGGUCAAGGUGAUGCACCAGUUUCAAACUAAAGUAUUCAUAUUGAAAGGUAACUUCGUUAUUGUUUUAUUUUUAUUUAGUACUGAUUUGAAAUCAACUUAGUUUAAUUUUUCGUGGCUUGUGUUUUAAAUAGUUCAGUAAAAUUGUUUUAUAUAUUUUGAGGAAAGCUUGCUAUAACUCAGUUAUACUAUAAAAAUGUAAUAACAUUUUUUGCAAUAUUUCACGGUUUAAAAUCGUAUCGGCAAAUAAGAUAAUACACAAUCAAAAUGUAUGUGUCUAAACACUUCUUGGGAAAAUACGUCGGAAAUGUGAUUGUUUUAGCACGUAUUUGUGAGGUUGCAUAAUAAUAUUUAUUCCUAAAGGGGAUAUCCACCAAAUCUAUUUUAGAGAUUUUGUUAUAGCUUGGAUGGUGACUAACCACCUGUUAAAAGUAUACGUGCCUGAAGAUCUAAAAGACUUCCCUAUUUUGAGACUGAUUUUGUAUUACUUGAAUUGACACAAUAAGUGUUCAAUUAAUAAGAUUAUUAAAGACAAGUGAGGCUCAUUUUAUGCCCCAAUAAACCCUACUAAGACGAAUAUGGCUCUGGUUAUUUUGUAUUGUACUAUAAGGAGACCAAUAAUACUGUAAACUGAAAAACAACAUCUAUAUUUCUAGAGAAAAUGUGACCAAAGGGAAAUAGGUUCUAUGAUUUGAGAUAGCAAAUAAUAUGGACCUAAAAGCACCCACUAUUUGACGAGUGAUAUUUAAAGUAUAAUUAUAUAUUACUAAAUUGACCUGUUGAUUGUUAAGUCAUGUUUUAUUGAAAAGUGAGAUGACUUAGUACGUAGUAUGUUUUAUUUUUAAGCAUAUGAGUACUAAGUCAAUAUUAUUUAUUUACACAUAGUAUAUUUACAAUUUACCAAAUCAUAAUUUUUUACUUUUAAGAUGGUUUGGUCUAUGAAAUCCCUAUCAAAUUAAUAGAAUAAAUCGUCUUAUGAAAUGACCAUACACAAAAGUUUAAAAUACUUUGUUCUCACACAGUAAAUGAAAGCCCAACUUGAACAGAAUAACGAAGUUUCAUCAAUGAUUGAUUGCAUAGACUAAACCAAAAUGUUUUCAGACUUGUUUUUGGGAUUUCUUGAGUCAUUGUUUAGGCGUAUUUGAUGUGUGUGCGAGUGUUGUUGUGUUUAAAAUAAAACAUGUCUGAAUAAACUUUACCACCAUGGUCACUGCAAAUAAUAUGAUGGCACAAAAAGCUACUUCAAUGUGGGACUGUGAUCACAAAAUGUUUAUUGUUAAAUGUUCCAUUCAAUAGCGAAUGAAAAUGGGACAUAGUGUAAAAAGUGCAUUUAUUGAAUGAUUCUUGGUGCUUUGAAAUCUGUGGGACUGCCUGAAACGAGUCUGAAACUCAUAGAUUUAAGUCUAACGAUAAACGUUUAUUAAAACUGAAUGAACAUUCGCAUCUUGAUACUUCCACGUAAUAUAGGGUAUUAUUUCGAUAGGAAAUCGUAGAUUUGUUAUUAGUGAUAUAUUUAUAUGCAUUUUUGGGAAUUUCAACAUUGCGAAUGUUCUUCACUUUAUAUGUAUUUUUGUAAAUUUGUUAUAUUGUUAUACUUAAAUUUAGCUGGAAUGAGAAACAUCGAUAUAAGGACAGUCUUACUAAAUAACUCGAAUGGUGAAUAACUGUUGCAAUUGGUUAAGUAAAUUUACAUUCCAUUCAAAUCCUUCCACGGUAAUUGCACAGUUCACGCCAGUCGGAAAUGGAACUUAAUGAAGACUUUACAAUUUUGAACGCUUUAAACCCUGGCCAGAACAUAAUAACAAAAUAUGUUGUCACAAUAACAUAUAUAAAUAUAUAUAUAAUUGAUUGAAUCUUACAAUCAAUUAAUGAUCAGAACUUGAGUGCAGUGCACACAUGCAGCAGCCACAAUGCUGUUCCAAGACACUAAUGCAAAAUGCAAAUCAAAGUAAUGCCUCUGACUUGGUAAGGUCGCCACGGCAGUGGCAGGGGCGGGGCCUUCGUCCUCCGCCCUGCAGAGCUCGAGCGUUCAACUUGCAUGUGGACGCUCACAUUGCAAAGUAUUCGCAAGCUGUCGCGCUCUGCGACAUGCACUUUAUAUUAUACAUUUAAACAUUUAUAUAAUUAUUGCUUGCUUAUUAAAUAGACACCAUGUUAGCGUUUAGAGUUUUAACUUCAAUGUAUUUUGAUUUGUUUAAGAAUUAUGUAUAACAUUGGUAAAAGCAUGUGACAAAUAAUAAUCUUGUAAUAUGGGAGAUAAUACUGAUAUUUUACCACUGAAAGGUACUCUUAAACUGUAACUAAGACCUAAUUCAAUUAUUAAGAUACCUUCGUUAUUCUCCAUUUUCAUGUUAUACAUUACCACAUACUUAAAAACUAGAUAUGAUUCAAAGGAGGAAGUAGAUUUUAUUUAUCUCUUUUAAAUCCAUUAUUCACUAUAGUUUUAGAUUAUUCUCAACAAUAUGAUAACUUUUACUAUCUACCUACAUUUUAUAAAUUUUGUUUGCUGACAAUGGUCAUGAUUAUCAACAUAUAAUAAUCAAAAUAUAUUAGAAUACUUGUCAUGUUAAACAUACAUUUUUCGUAAUUGAAGUAGCAAACGUGGAACCGUGGCUUUUUGAAAACACUUAUAACUUAAGAAACUACGUACGUAAACCCGCAAUGUGAAAUUUUAAAAAUUGUUCAUUAAUUUAGUUUAUGAACACAAAAAAAUUUGGAUGAAAUUUAAAUUGUAAAGAGUUGUAUUUGUCUUCAAAUAAAACGUUCCAUUACUAUACAAA